UGCGCAUCUCGCAUUCAACAGAGCCUGACUGGUAUGGUCGCAAGCUCUCAUAGAUCUCAUACUCUGAUCUUUAGGGGAACUCAUUCAAAAUAUUCAAGCCUAUCGAUAAGUGUGUUGAACAUCUACAGACACGGACGCGUACACCUACGCUGCCACCAAGCCGCCACACUUGAUUACACUAACUAAACAAACAUAUUCCCGUACUCGUAGGACUCAAACGUUAUGAGGCAUUGAUCAGUAUGCUGGUGGUUCCUUUGUGGGAUCAUGCCGCAAAAUCUAUCCAUCUUUCCUCUGAACUUUGCCUCAGGCAUACCAUAUGGACGGUUAAACUAUCUAGCGCAAACACCAACCAGUCUGGCGUCAUUGCAACACCUGACAUCUCGUUUGUCGAUACCGAUAAAGGCAAUUUUCAGAACAAACAUAUCCUCUACCACCGCAAUGUCAUUCCGACCCACCAUCACUCUCAACGAUGGCAACCAAAUCCCUUGGGUUGGAUUUGGGACAGGUACUGCACAUUACAGCCGGGAUGCGAAGGAUGUCGUUGUCACUGCUAUCCGAGCUGGUGUUAGACACCUCGAUGGUGCUCAGAUUUAUGGCAAUGAAAGUUCACUAGGUGCAGGGAUCAAAGAGUUUGGAGUCCCUCGCUCCGAGUUGUUCGUCACCACCAAACUGACUGAAAAGCUUGACCUCGGGAAAGAGACGCCUAGGACCAAGCUCCUCGAAUCUCUCGAGAAACUCGGGCUCGAUUACGUCGAUCUUUAUCUUAUUCAUUCUCCAGCGUACGCUCAGGAACAUGGUAAAUUGCAGGAAUGGUGGAAAGGGAUGGAAGAGAUCAAACAGGAAGGUCUGGCGAAGAGUAUAGGUGUUUCCAAUCACGGUGUGAAUACACUUAAAGAGAUUCUUCAAGUCGCCACGAUUACUCCGUCUACAAACCAGAUCGAAUUCCAUCCUUACGUGUGGAAAGCAGCCAAGCCCAUUUACGACCUCUGCAAAGAAAAGGGUAUCGUGGUCCAGUCGUACGGUGGACUGGUGCCCGUCUACAGGGCCCCUGAUGGCCCGCUGGAUCCUGUACUUCGCGGGAUUGCUCAGAGGCUUUCGAAUGAAACCGGCAAAGCAGUCACUUUGGCCCACGUUUUGACCAAAUGGCAAAUUCAGAAAGGCGUAGUGGUCGUAACGACGUCUUCUAAGGAACACAGAAUCAAGGAAACCCUGGAAGUUCCCAACCUCCCAGACCUUACAGAAGAUGAGAUCACAGAGAUAGAAGAUGUUGGGUCUGAAGUGCACCAGAGAAUAUAUAUGAAGCACUGUUUCAAAGAAUAAAUUUGAGAACAUGAU